AUGUACCAAAUGCUGAAGCAGGACGCCCCUGAUCGAAAUCAUAUCCUUUCCUGGUGCGCAAACCACGAGAUCCGGUGGAAGUUCAUUUCGCCACGUGCACCUCAUUUCGGAGAGGCUGCGGUGAAGUCCGCUAAGACCCACCUCCUUAAGGAAAUUGGCAAUACGAAUCUUGCCUACGAGGACAUGCUUACCUUACUAGCGCAGGUUGAGAUGUGCCUCAAUUUGCAACCAUUAACGCCCCUGUCCUCAGAACCAUCGGACCUGGAAGCCCUGACCCCUGGUCAUUUCCUGGUAGGUUCCAACCUCCAAUCCGUUCCCGAAGCAACAUUGGUCAACAUUCCCGAAAACCGGCUCAACCAUUGGGAACAAACUCAGCGCCAUCUCCACCGAAUCUGGGCACGUUGGUACCCGGAAUACCUCUAG